AUGCUAAAAUACGUCGUAAAUGAACACGAGGCAGGCAAGAACGGCAAGGACGGCGAAGCGGGCGAAGAUAGCAAGGACUACGAGGAUGGCCAGGACAGCGAAUACAGCGAGGAUGAAGAGGACGGCGAUGACGUCGAGGCCAAAUGGGACAAGGAAACGGCGACAGCGAGAAUGACGGCGAUGACGGCGAGGCCGAAAAGGACGUAG